GCAAGUGUUUGUGGGACUGAUGGUUUGACGUAUAAAAGUGUGUGCGCUCUUAAUAGAACGUCAUGUCUGCUUGGAAUGCAUAUUACUGUUAAAUUCACUGGAUCUUGCGAUUUACAAAACCGAUAUCUCUUUAUCAGUCCAUUGCAUAAAAACACCGCGAUACUCGAACUCAACCAGCCUGGCAAAAUACAGUGUUUAUUCCUUGGUGACCCUAUAUCAAUUACUUGGACAAAACUUGAAAUGGACAGUCUCCCACCGCGCAUGAUCCCCAUUAAAGACACGCUGGUCAUACCGCAAGUUCGAGUCGCAGACGAGGGUACCUACAGAUGUGAAGCGUAUAAUGGAUUAUCUAUCGUCGAAGCAUUUGUCAAAAUAACAGUUGAUUACGAUACAGAGAAUAUGAACCUGGACUACAGUAAGCGACCCAAGGCAUCAUGCCUCCUUCCUCUUCGCUAUGGUUACUGCACUCAACAUGACGUCAGGUGGUAUUUUGACGCCGCGACACGAACAUGUCAGCCCUUUGUGUACAGUGGUUGUGGUAGAAAUGAGAAUAACUUUAAGACGGAGAAGCAGUGUAAAUCAGCUUGUGGCCACUGGGCUGGUGACAUCUGUCAGUUACCGAAGAAGAGAGGCCCAUGCAAGGCAUAUAUCCCAAGAUGGCAUUACGAUAAAGACAAAGCUCAAUGCACGAGAUUUAUCUACGGCGGUUGCCGUGGCAAUGCAAACCGGUUCUCUUCGAAGCUGUCAUGUGAAGCUAAGUGCAGAGCACAGAAAGGGUAUUUAUCUCCUUGUAUCAAGCUCUACAUGAAUGCAGUGAACAGCCACAGGAAAGGACUAUUCAGACCAAGAUGCACUUCAAGAGGAGAAUUUCAAAAGACCCAGUGCCAUGCCUCAGUUUGUUUCUGUAUGGAUGAGAAUGGCGUCGAAAUGCAAGGAACCAGGGUACCGAAUGGACAAUACAUCAACUGUACUUCAAAAGGUUUUGCCAUCCAGUUUGGCGGAAUUAGUACCACUCCCAUAGAAAGACUCUCGAGAAAAUGAAAAAAGAAGAAGAAGAAAAAAAGAAAAAGAAAAAGAAAAUGAAACAAGUAAAAAUGAUCAAAGCAAGUUUACUGUAAUUUCCUGUUCCACUUUCCUUAGUAAACCACUGUCUCACCCAGAGAAAGACCCUCGACAAAAACCCCUUCUCCGGUCAACACGUUCCGCAAUGCAAAUCCGACGGGACGUACCAUAACGUCCAGUGUAGCCCGCU